AGUUAAAUACUGCCGAAUGCCGUGACUGUGCACUUGUUCCCACCGUUUUCCCUCUUCUCCUCUUUCCCGUCACUCCGCCAUGGCUACGACGGAGCACCCACUGAAGAAACGGAAGCUUUACGAACCAUCUCCACCGCUGCCUCAGUCACCGCCUCCUCCUUUGCCGCCGCAACCGCCACCUCUGCCUCAACAGCAGCCGGCGCUAACUUUCCAGCAGAGCAACGCUGCUCCCGCUCUAUCUCAGGAUGAAAUUCUCCGACGGAGAAGGAACCAAGAAGAGAUUCGAAAUGUUUAUGAGUGUUUCAAACGCAUUAAAUUCUGCAUCUCACAGAACGAUGAUCGUCUUUCUUCCGAACUCGAACAAGCAUAUCUUUCUCUCAUUACUGCCUCAAGAGGUUGCACAAGUGUACAACGUCUAGUGGCUGAUUUUAUUCCUCGAUUUGCUUCGUAUUGUCCCACUGCUCUUGAAGCUGCAGUGAAAGUUGUUAUCAAUAUGCAUAAUUGGAAGUUAGCUUUGAUUGGUAAAGGAGAAGAUACAGACGGUGUUGCAUUUGACACUGCUAAGGUGUGCAUUUUUGGUCUAGCUGAUAUCUGUCGAAGUGCUGCUGCUGAGGCACCAACAUCAUCAGUUAUUCGAGGAAUUUGCACCACCGUUUUUCGUGAUGCACUCACCUUCCUUAUAUCCUGUUUUGAAGGGAAGGAUGUUUUCGAGAUUGCUGACAAGGAAUAUUUUGGUAUUCAGGAUGCUCAUUUGUUCUCUAAGUACCAACAAAAGAUUUUAAACAAGGAACAACCGGUACUGCUCAAGCUAUCUGAGUUCCGUGUACUUUGUUUCCUCAGAAUUUUCUUUACUUGCCCCAAAAAUUCAAUUGCAACUUGUUUUGAGCUCAUCGGCUCUACUGGAUCGGAGGAAUCUAAGCGGGAAGGAUAUUACUUACUUCAUCAGUUAACUAACAGGCUUGAUGAUGCUGUUGGUUAUCUUAGGAAUGGAGGAAAUAGUGCUGUGAUAUCAUCAGCGAAGACCACAGAAACAAGUAGCAAAAGUAAGGAUGUGGAUGAUGGCCUUGCAACAUGUGGCAAACAAGGCUCGGACAAUCGCUCUCUUGUUUCGAAGAACUGCUUAUUAGGACUGGCUGUAGAGAAAGAUCAUUCUCUGAAGAGUUGGAUUUGCUCAAGGUUUAAGAAAUUAAGUGAAUCAGCUUCCUCUCAAGUUGUUUCAGAUAUUUCUGCAGUUCUUGAAGGAAUAUUGCAGUCUUUCUUGGAUGAAAUGAAGGCAGAAAAACUUCAUGAUGAUGGUGAUGAGGAUGGUUUGGAUACUGCAAAGUAUGCUAGUGAGUACUUGGGUCAUGAGCUAUCUGCUCAAAAAGUAACUCAAGUUUCUGUAAGCCCAGCAGUUCCUCUGGGAUCAAUUCACCGUUCCAGUAUGAGUUCAAAUACUAAUAGUGGUGAGCGUAGGUCUGUAGUUUUCGAUUCUAAAGAGUCUGGAGAUUUAACGAAUACUAGGCCUUCUGUGCAUAUGGAGGUCUAUAACCAGCAGAUUCUUUCACCUAUUGCUAGAACACCAUCGAACUUGAGAAGUAGUUCAUCUGAUGGAGGACACCAUGUCAUGAUGGAGAAUCACCGAAUUGUUAAUGUGGACCGUCCUCUACCAGCCUCAAGAUCAUCAACAGGAGGCAUGAGUUGUUCCAUGGAGUCACCUAUGCAGCGUUUGCCACUGUCUCAUUCUUCCACAAAUCAAGUGAUUUGGUACACUGAUGGAGACUCAGCUGCAGCAGACAUCUUUCCCGCUUCAAAACAGCUAUGGUUGGGGUCUUUAGGCCCUGAUGCAUCUGAAGUUCUUGUCAGACAUAAGUUUGAGAUGUUUGGUCCAGUAAAUCAAUUUGCAUUCUUUGCAUUCAAAGGUUUUGCUUUGGUUGAGUACCAAAACAUUAUGGAUGCGGUGAGAGCCAGGGAAAUCAUGCAGGGAAAUUCUCUUUGGGGUGCUGGUCUUCGAAUAAAAUUCUUGGAUAGAGGAUUUGGUACUAAGGGGGCUAUAAAUGGUGUUGCUGUUGGUUCUAGUUGCUAUAUUUACAUUGGAAGUGUUCAGAGCCACUGGAUGAAGGAUGAUGUCGUGCAUGAGCUGAGAAAAUCACUUCAAAAAGGUCCUCGGAUGGUUACUGAUCUAGGCAGCGAAGGAGCAUUGCUGAUGGAGUUCAACACACCUGAGGACGCCACAAUUGCGAUGAAUCAUCUGAGGCACUGGCGUAAGGUAAGGAGUGACUGCGUUCAGCCCUUAGGUCCAACUAAUGCUUCCAUGCGUACUGAAGGUAUAAGACCUAGCUCUACAUCUGUUUAUGUUGGUACGGGAAGCAAUUUUUGUGCCAAUAGUACUGUUGGGCCAUCUCACUUCCAGAACGUGCUUGAGAACCAUUCUGACAGUCAUGUUCCAAGAAUAUCACAUCUAUCUUCGUUGCUUUCACAGUUGAGCACCAAAUAUAAUGUCAAAUAUGAUCCUGGCUAUAAUAGUCAUCAUGUACCAGGGAAUUGUGAAACUGGAUUCUUGGGAGGAGAUUCAAUGCAGACAAAUACACUACGGAUUAGCAUUCCAAAUGGUAGCUCCUUGUUUAUCACAGAAGAUGAGCUUUUGGCUAUUUGUAAUCUUGCCAUUGACAACAAAGGUUCUAUCAUCAGGUUAAUGAGAGAAAAUAUGCCUAUGGGUUCUUGUUGGCUAGUUGAAUGCAGCAGCAUGGAUUCUGCAAAUACUCUCCUGAAGAACCUUCGUGAUUGUCCUGGGUUAUUCUUCCAGAUAGAAUUCAGUCACUCUGGCCAGCAUCAUAUUCAUGUUCCUGUAAAAAAUGAAGGUAGUAUUCUGGAGCUGACAUCACCCAGACUAAAUCCAGAGCAAGGCAGCAUGUCUCAUGCUGGAUAUGCAUUUCAGUCAAACUGGACACAUGUAGCAAGCAGAGGGAUGCCCGAAGUUGGUUCUAGAAAAAAUGAUAUGAUGAUUCCAGUUCCAUCCCCGAGAGGUAAUCAUAUAUUCUCUGGUGCUGCUAAUGACAUGUGGAUGCACAGGAAAUCCGAAGCAGAGAUACAUUCUAGACCGGGAAUCGUUGCCUGCAAUCCUGCACCUCCUCAAGCGCCGCCUCUUAGACCACUACAGCCUCUUCAAGGACCUCCUACUGUGCCACCGCCUGUUCAAGCACUUCCUCCUGCUGCCCCACAGCCAAUCCAAGGACCUCUUAUUGCUCCACCACAUCAAGCACAACCUCCGACUUUUGUGCGCCCAAUGUAUUUCCCCCCAAGUGGGUGGGAUUCACGUGGUUUGAACCAUAACUUGCCCCCAAAUCCAAUUCCACCCGGUGCAAUGCCUACUAAUCUUCAUCAUUGUUCAGCUGCACCGCCAUUUGUACCUGCUUCUGUGACUCCACUGUCCCAAAUACAAGGCACCUCCAUGCCACCAUUUGACCAUAUGUUUGCUGUGCCUGUUGUUCGACCACCAGUGACGUCUUUACCACCACAACCACCACCUCAGCUUGACCCAUUACCCCCAUUACCUCCACCUGUCUUGCAGCCUCCAUUACCUUCAUCCCCACCCCCACUACCUUACCCUGACCCACCUAAUAUUCCUCCUCCACCUAGUUCCCCGCCUCCUCUCCCGCCUGCACUAUCUGAACCUUCAAAUUCAGAAAGUUCUAAACAAUAUUUGCAGUGUCAGUGGCAGGGCUCCUUGAGUAAAAGUGGAGUUCAUUACUGCACGAUUUAUACCCAAAGAGUAGAGUCAGAUAUUUGCAGGUAUCCAAAUGCCAGUGCUGAGCCCACAGAAUGGCCUGUGAAGUUGGAUAUGACCAAACGCACUGAUUUUCGGCAUGUCAGAUCAACAUUUUGUAGUACACCACCCCACAAAAAGGAGAUAUGCUGGUUGCUACCUUCUUCUCCAGUGGACCAUAAGGGCUUUCAAGAUUUUGUAGCAUACUUGAAGCAGAGGGAAUGUGCUGGUGUAAUUAAAAUCCCAGCCGUAAACUCAAUGUGGGCAAGGCUUCUCUUCAUCCUUCCACAGUCAUCUGAUAACUGCUCUAUGCUCUCAGUUGCACCUAAUCCUUCUCUUUGUCUACUUGGUCUGGUGGUGCCUAAAGAGACAAACUCUGAAUGCGUGUGAUGCUAGUCUAUGUGGGCAAUACCGCAUUGGAAAAAGGAUAUGUCGAAUCGCUAUAGUAACCAAAACAGGAACGAAAAAACUCAGAAGAAGUUUGCUCCAAAGAAGGAAAUGAACAAUUCUCAAACCCUAGCUAAUUCCUUCAGGCAAUCAGUUUCUAUGAAAUCCGAAGGAAAUUCCAACGCCGUUAACUCCAGCAGCGCCGGUUCUUCUGCGGGAGAGCUCAAGAGUAGGGUUAGGAUUGGAGAAAGUGGCGCCUGGGUUUCCGCUGCUAUUCCUAGUGGAAAUUUCGUGGAUUAUUUGCCUCAGGAUGAGGCUGUAGCAGCUGGGCUUGGAGCCGAUGAAGGUGCAUUGGAUCCCGUGGAGUCGCAGCGUGUGGUUGAUGUUUUGAACAGGGAGUUAUGUAGGUUACUGAAGAUGAAUGCAAGAGAUUUCUGGCGAGAAGUGGCCAGCGACAGUUCCCUUCACUCUUUUCUUGAAAGCUUUCUGAAGUUCAGGAGUAGGUGGUAUGAUUUUCCAUAUCGAGGAGCCAGGGGUAUAGUUGCUGGGGUCAUUGUUGGAGAGUUUGAGCUCUGCCGGCGUAUCUUUAUGAUCUUAUAUCGCAUAUCGUCAAAUCGGGACCCUGGAGCUAAGACUGCUGAUAGUCUUACUCAGAAUGAUCACGAAGCCCUUUUGCAGGAGAAGAAGUUGCUUAAUUUACCGAAGUUGUUAGACGUAUGUGCCAUAUAUGGUCAUGAAAACGAAGAUCUGACAAGAAUAUUGGUCAUCAAUGCCAUAAAGUCACAGCCAUGGAUCCAUGAUGAUCUUUCAUCUGUUAUUACACACUUUCUUAGCAUUGUGCAGACUAUGUAUGAGAGGUGUAGCUCAUCGUUAGAGGUUUUAUUUUCCUCCGGUCACUUUCAAGAUCAUGGGCACAGUCGACUUCAAACAGACUAUCUAGAGGUGAUGGAUUUCUUAAAUGAUGCUGUGGUAUCUAUGGAUGCGUUUGUCAAUGCGUAUAAGCAAGCAUCCAUCUACUUCUGCUGUCCUGUUGAAAUGAGUCAUGGGAAUGAGGAGGUGCUUACUACCCUUGCAAGAUUGCAUAAUUCAUUGCUGCCCUCUUUGCGGCGGGGUUUCCACAUAAUUUUAACCUCCGGAGAGAAAGGUUUGAUGGAGUCAUCUAAUGAAAUGCGCUCAAAUGUUUUUGUCAGUCUCAAAAUGUUAUCCACAAGGAUAGUAAAUUUUGGUUGGAAGCUACUGUACUUGUGCUAUUUAAGUGAUGACGCUUUUGUUGAAAGUUCUCCGCUUCCUGCUACCAUGAAAAUGUUCCCUACCAAUGUGGAGGAUCCUGCUAUAAGAGCAGAUAUAUUAGUGCAGUCAGUGAGGGAUAUCAGUGGAGAUUACUCACAGGCUCUAGAGGGCCAUAGCAAAGGCACAUUUCUCCAAAUCAUUGACAAAAAUCACAACAUAAUGAGCAGAAUUGAGUUACUGCGGAAUACAGGGUGGAUAUCCAUGGAUGAUGAUCAAUUCAAGUUUCUGUCGGGGAUCACGAUACACCCAGUAGAAGAUAAUAUUGGAAGGGCAGCCCAUCCGGCAGCCUCCGAAAAAGACAACCGACCACAGGUUGAUGAAGACACUGCCAUUAUGGAGUCAAAAAUAAGUCAAAUAAAAGACCUGUUCCCUGAUUAUGGAAAAGGUUUCUUAGCUGCUUGUCUUGAAGUAUAUAACCAGAAUCCUGAAGAGGUCAUUCAAAGGAUUCUUGAGGGUGCCCUUCAUGAGGAAUUGCAGUCUUUGGACGUCUCCUUGGAGAAAAUACCACCACCCAAAUCUGGUGUUGCAUCCAUGGCCAGAAAUGACAAAGGUAAAGGGAAACUAGUGGAAUCUGCGCCAAUGCCCCCUAGAAACAUUGUGCCCGCAUUAUCGCCUUACCAAGCUGUAGGCUCUUCUAAUUCAUCUAUAUCUUCAACUGGAAGAUUUAUCAGGAAAACAACCAGUGAAGAGCCUGCUUCCUUGACACUUGACUCUAGAGAUGCAAAGGAUUUGGCAAAAACCCUUGCACUUUCGUCACAACUCGAGUACGAAGAUGAGUAUGACGACUCAUUUGAUGACCUAGGCCUAAGUAUUGAUGAUUCAGCAUUUGAGGAAACUGAGAACCUCCAAGACAAGUCAAACUUCAGCCGUGGGAGAAAUUCUGAAGUUGAUAAUGAUAGCUCAGCUUCCAACGCUUCUAAAUGGGGAUCACGAAAGAUGCCACAGUUUUACGUCAAAGACGGCAAGAACUAUAGUUACAAAGUUGAGGGUUCUAUUGCAGUGGCUAAUUACAAUGAAGCUUCUUUAGUAAAUCAAUCUCAGAAGGAGUUGAUACACGGGCUGGGACGAGGUGGCAAUCUUCCUUUGGGUGCAGUUAAACGGCUGACCGAGUCAAAGGAGGAGAAAGACGAUGAGCCGGAAUCAAAUGAAAUGGGUGGAAGGGGGAGAGGUCGAGGGUUCUUCAGAGGAGGAAGAGGUGGGAGAAGAAGAGAGUCAAACGAGGAGAAAGACGUUGAGCCCAAAUCAAAUGAAAUGGGUGGAAGGGGAGGAGGUCGAGGGUUCUUCAGAGGAGGGAGAGGUGGGAGAAGAGGGGGAGAGUCAAAUGAGGAGAAAGAGGAUGAGCCGGAAUCAAAUGAGAUGGGUGGAAGCGGGGGAGGUCGAGGGUUCAGAGGAGGGAGAGGUGGGAGAAGAGGAGGGGGUAGAUCAAGUCAUUACAGAAAGGACCAAGCCAUGAAAAAACACUUUUCAGGUUUGACGGGCCAUUGAUAUGGAAGCUUUCUUUACAUGUCUACAAAUUGUUGAUAAGCCACCAGAAAAAAAAGACAUUACCUUUUAGUUAACUUACAUGAGUUUUCAACCGACUGUAUACGUGAUUCCCUCGGGGAAGAAAUUUCACUUGGAUUUUGUUUUCAUCGAAUACACUAUAGUAUAUACCAUGGCUCAAA